AUGGAGUUUAGAGAAACGUUAUUAGCUGCCCAAAGGAACCAACAACAAAAAUCAUCUGAUAACUAUUAUUAUAAGGCCCGUUUUGAUCCACCGAAAAAGGAAGAAAAAGUCAAAGACAGACUUUCAGCUAACAUACAAAAGUUUUUAGCAAAAAAAGAAGAGGAAGAAAGACUGAAACAGUUGGAAGCUCAAAGAAAACGCGAAGAGUUAAUUGCUAUGCGUGAUCCAAAGGCUUUAAGGAAGAUUCAAAAGACUUUAAAAGUAAUCAAAUCUGCCAAUAAGUCUGUGCUAGAAGAUGCAGUGGAUAGAAAUAAUACAGCAGUUACCCGUGAAGGACCUGAUCAACCUGACCAGGAUGAUUAUGGCUAUGUAUCUCAAGAAGCAACUGCUCUCUAUGAGAAAAUGAUGCAAAAAUAUAGUAAAAUAGCAGACGAACCCAAAUUUCCCACAAAAACCAACUCAGUAAUCAAGGAUCUUAAUGGCACAAGAGAGAGAGUGAGAAAUGCUCUUCAGCAUGAAGAUGAACCAGUUCCACAUAAAAGAAGACGCAAGGGUGACAAUGAAAAAGAAUUAAGCCCACCUCCGAAAUAUGAACCCGAAAAGGCUCGCAAUGAAAAAUCCGAAAAGCCAAAAGUGAGGAAACCAAUGCCACCACCAAUGGACUUCAAUCAGCUCCUGAAGCUCGCUGAGAAAAAGAAAAGUGAACCUGUGGAGGUUUCCACCAAAAAACAAAUUGCUGAACCUGAACCCGACCGCCUCAUGACUAAGAGGCAGAAAAGGGAGUAUGAAGAAGAAAUGGCCCGACGGCAGCGCAGACAAGAGCGAAUUGAAGCGGAGAAGGCAGGAAAUCGAAAAGUUCCAGUGCAAAAAGAAGAUAAACCUCUCGAAAAAGAGAAAAAAGCAGAACCCAGUGGUAUCGGCCGCAUACCAAAACUGAGCGACAAAAAUGUUGGUAGCCAACGAUCAAAUGACAAUGUAAAAUCUGUUGAAAAGGAGAAAGAAAGAGGUGCAGUAGACAGAGAAAGGGCUGAAAAACUUCAAAGAGAAAAAGACAGAAUCAGAUUAGAAAAAGAAAGAGCUAAAGAAAAAGAUAUAUCGGAUAGGGCCAAACUAGAGCGUGAAAAAGAAAGAAUAGACAGGGAAAGGCUAGAAAAACUCAAAGCUGAAAGGGAAAGAAUUGAUAGGGAUAUUGACCGCCUUAACAGAGAUCGGGACAGAUUAGAGAAGACUAAAUCCAAACUAGAGUCCAAAAGUUCAUUUGACGCUAACAAAGCGGUGAACUCGUUGGACAGGCAAAAAAUAAGCCAACCUAGGAAGUGUGAGGAAAAGAAAAACAUAGACCUAAAGAGUCAAAACACGUAUCGGAUAGAUAAGAAUCAGCCGGAAAAGAGGUCCUCUAUACCAAGUAAGAGUGGCGACACCAGGCAAAUCAACGGCCACAGCACUCACCAGAGGCCAGUGCCGAAAUCAAACAAAGAACCGUCGCAGAAAAACGACGCUAGGGACAAACUCGCACAAGUGAAACAAAAAGUACACCCCGCUAAUGGAUCGCUGAAGAAUAAUGGUCUCGUUAGGCCGGACGCUACGAAGAGAAUACAGGAGGGCGGCAAAGAAAUGCCCUCGAAACGAUCCGAGGACAAGAGGCCGUUGGCGAACGCGAAGCAGCCCGCCGGAGCGAGCAAAGCAAAGAUAACCAACAGCUUCAACUUCGACAAGCAUGUGAACUCCAUCGGUAAGAACGGCGCGCGUCAAUUCCCGCCCGGCGAUGUACGAAGAAAACCCCACGCUGACGACGCGAAACGGAAAAAACGGCGUACGGUGGAUUCUGAAUCCGACUACGACUCCGAAAUGGAUGACUUUAUCGACGAUGGCGACGAAAAUAUUGAUUAUUCAACGCACAUCAAGGAGAUAUUCGGAUAUGAUAAAGCAAAAUACCGAGAUAUGGACGACGAUGAUGAUCCCAUGAUGGAGUCGAGUUUCGCACGCCAACAACGGGAGGAGUACAUCAGUAAGAAAAUAGGCAUCAUGGAAGAUUUGGAGGACAUGCGAAUGGAGGCAAUGGAGAAGAAGAAGUCAAAAAAGAGACGAAUAAGCGACGAC